GAGCAGAAACAGACGGGGUGUAGAGGUUGGAGCAGAAAAAGGGUUGGGUUUGUGUACUAGGGAGAGAGAGAGACUGGAGUUGUGUAAGUUCUCAUUAACCUCAGUGUGAGAGCGAGGGGGAGUUAGAAAGCCUUUCUUUCGGGAGAAAGUGAAAAUGAAGCUGGGCAGUGUUGGUGGUUGGAGGAGCUGUGUUUUUCUGAUGUGUCUGGGGCAGUUCUGACGACCUGCCGACUUCAUGCGGGCGAGAAUAGCAAGGAGUCCUGUUGGAGCAGGAAGACUAUGGGGCAGACUUCAGUGUCGAGCUUCCCCGAGGCUGCGAGCGCCGAUGGACUGGAAAAGUACUCCAUCACAAACUCUGAAGGACUGCCCUCUGGAUCUGGGACGCCACCACUGAAGCGAAAAAGCAAGCUGGCAUCCAUUGGAAAAAUCUUCAAACCAUGGAAGUGGCGGAAAAAGAAAGCAAGCGAGAAGUUCCAGGAGACAUCUGCGUUGUUGGAAAGGAAGAUAUCAACGAGACAGAGUCGGGAAGAGCUGAUAAGGAGGGGAGUUCUCAAGGAGGCUGCUGAGCAGGAUGGAAAUGCUGAGACAACAUGCAGAAAUGGACACAUGAUACACGCUGUACCCAUCACAUUAGAACCAACAGCAGAGAGCACGACUGAAGCUGGUGCGACAAACCCAGUCCUUUCACUGCCAGACCCAGAAACACCAGAAGGCUGCCUUGUUUCUCAGGAAGCCCAGCCAUCACCGUUGCUGGUGCCCCAUCUCACUGUGUCCACUGUCAUCCCCACUGCUGCUGAAGAAGAUGAAGGUGUUAAACCAAGCCCCCAGCCUGUGUUGAAGUGCCUGGCUGUGCCUCCAAAACCAAUCUGCUGGAGCAAGAAUGCGGAGCACGAGGCCUGCAAUUUGAAAGUACUCCCCAGUUUGUUGUCAUCACCUCAUUCACCAUCACAGUUUCAUUCAGAGGUGAACACUGAUCAAGUCCAAGACCCGUCACACUUCCCAGGCACGGGGGACAUGCACAGGAGUUCUGGAAAACAUUCUGACUUUCCUACUCAACCUCAGUCUCUGCGACCGAGUCAAAGCGACUCCUUUGGGCUCCCAGAUAUAAUGCACCCGGUGCCAGAGCCUGGAGACCACGAUGAGAAGACAAAGGCCAGAACUGAAAAAUCGGAGAGAGCCGCUGAUCAACAGGUUGAUCAGCCUGACCUAUCCCAACAGCAGAGCGUUAAGAAGGGAGCUUCCCCCACUCUGCCUGGAAAGCCUGACGUUAAUGAUAGAGAAGGAAAUAUGUCUGACCUGCAGGCAGAGAAAGACCUGAGAGCAGCUGAAGAAGCAAAGAAGGGCAGUAGCUGUGAUGAAGUUGACAUAAGUGAGAAGUCAGAGACCGCUGCGAGCCCUCUCACCAAGAAGACCCACGUCCAGCUCGACAGUUCCUCCCUUGUCACUGUCAUUUCCAAUGUAGGCUAUCGGGAAUCUCUGGCGAGUGACUCUGAUUCUGACAGCUCGCUGCAAGACAAGAAUGAAUCUGAUGAAUCGGACGAAGACGAGGAAUGUUUAAACAGUGCUCUCGCCAAUAAGAUACGACGGAGAGACACGCUCGCUAUUAAACUCCGCAACCGACCGACCAAGCAGGAGCUGGAGGAAAAGAACAUCCUGCCCCGCAAAUCAGAUGAGGAACGGAUGGAACUGCGGCAGCAAAUUGGGACCAAACUCAUCAGGAGGCUGAGCCAAAGACCUUCACUGGAAGAACUGGAACAGAGGAACAUCUUAAGAUAUCGAAAUGAAGAGGAGGAACAUGAGGAGAGACUGGAGAUUAGGAGGAGGCUGACUCGCAAGCUUAGCCUCAGGCCGACAGUAGCAGAGUUACAAGCCCGGCGCAUUCUGCGUUUUAACGAGUAUGUAGAAGUGACAGAAGCCCAGGACUAUGACCGACGAGCUGACAAACCCUGGACCCGGCUGACACCUGCUGAUAAGGCUGCAAUACGGAAAGAAUUAAAUGAAUUCAAAAGCCGGGAAAUGGAAGUGCAUGAAGAAAGCCGACAUUUAACAAGGUUUCACCGGCCAUGAAGCAAGCAGCUCAGGGAGAGACACUGAAAUUGUCAAGGAUUGAAGACGGUGCGCGAGGCUACGCUGGAUGUGCUCUGUGCACCUUCCCUGUCGAGAAGCAGACGUUCAACAGAGGGCUGACCAUACAACAACAACAAAACCAUCUCUCUCUCACACACACAAAAAACCGAAGUUUUAAUAUCUAAGUAAUUUUUUAAAAGAUUCUUUCUCUGUGGAGGCAGGCUGGCUUCUUUUGUUGAGAUGGGAAUGGGAGAAAGAUGAAGACUGUGUUGAUUGGGGGGGGGGGGGCGUUGCUGAUGGUGACAGUAGGGGAGUGGAACGCUGACAGAGUUAAGAGGGACUUUUUUUUUAAAAAAGUUCCCAGCAAAUUUUGUUCACUCCUUGCUGCCAAUAUAUGUCAGGCAGGUGACCAAUCAGUACUGUGGUUCUUUGCUGUUGCAUUCUCCCGUGUCCAGAAUUAUGGUCCGGGUAUUGUCUCCCUGCCAUUGUUAAACAGCUCUCUGCUUUCCUCUCAUUUUGGAGGAGGCAAACUGAUUCUGUAAAGGGGAACCUAUUCCUUCAUGUAACUACAGCAAAUGACUGCUAUUAGCUGUUCAAAACUGUGCAGAAAGCUGUUCUGAUGGUAGCUCCAAACCAUACACAGCUCAUAUUCUGCAUAAAAAUACACAUUGGUCUAAGAAGCCUCUAGCAUGAGUGUCUGUGGUGUUACUGGUUCCUCCUCUUACCCCCAACCCUCUGCUAAUUUUCUAAGCCAGUAAUAUUUAUUUAUCGGGGGGUGGGUAAUAUGUGGUGACCGCUCUCGUUGCCAGUGUCUGUAAUAGAAGAAAAUCUCUAUUUUAUUUUACUGUGUGAAGUGGGGCCUUUUGAGAUGGGUGUGAACUAACUUGCUGAGUGAGAGGGAGGCCUGGGGCAGACAAGAGUGGAGAUGUUGAGGGCCAAGUCAGUGAUGGCAAUUCUUUCCCAUUGGGGAAAGGAGGAGAGCUGGAACUGGGAUGGUAGUAAAAGGCACCUAGGAUCUGUCUGCAUAUUUAAGUUGAAUGAUGGGGGAGACUGGCCUGGGUUCAAAUGGAUUAGAGCCAAUGGCCAUAGAUUUAUUUCUCCCCACCCAUUUUGCCCUCAACCCAACUUUCAUCACAGCUCCCUCUGCCUCUGAAAGUUGUUUGUUCAGUUGGCAAAGUGGAAAGGGGUUGGGAGCUAUCUGGGCAAGUCACCUUGCUCCUAAGGAGCAUUUGACAGUCUUUUGUGAUCUUAAAGGCACUUUGAAAAAAAAUGUAAACAUUUCCUCAUUGAUUUGCAAUGGCCCGACUGGUCACGUUUCGCCUCUGCCCUCGCUUCCCCGGGUGUCUGCACCCCCUGGCCAGGAUUACAGGGUAGCAAAUGAUGGUGACCUUUGAACUGGAAAUCGCCCCAUGCCUGGCUUUGAUCUAGGAAACAAAUUUGCGGAGCUGCCAUGUCAAUUGCUGAUCAGGAAGACAGUUAAUGAGCUAUAAUCACAGCUCACUGGGUAUUACUACAGGGUGGGGAGCUGGCUAUGUCCCACACCUUGGCAUUGUGCCAAAGCACCCUCUCAUCAUUGUUCAUCCAACUGACUUAAUUUCUCUUCAGUUCAACGAUUAGUGUUGCAGAUUUUAUCAAAAUGAAGGAGUGGGGAGAGAUGUGGUAUCAGCUUGUGUACUUUUGUGUUUCAGCUUGUGUUUGUUAUUUCUAAUCUUGGCGAAAGGAAUUGGAACUGAGAAGGACUGAUUAUUUUAUUUUCCCAAUUGGCUCGGGAUAUUCAGUAGUCCUUUUCUCAAAAAAAAUCUUGUUCCGUUCGGGAGUGACCAUGGGGUUUGUGGUUAGGCAGGAGGGACACAUGAAUAAAGGGAAAGGGCUGUGCUAACUGGGCUGAUUGUGGAGACUGCUCAGGACAACGUAUAUUUAGUUGUAGCAGGAUACUAGAGUUACAAAGGGGAUGGCAAUUUUCUCAUUGGGCAUUUGGCUACCCACUGUUGAAACGUGAGUUUUCUGUGAAUCAGUAGCAAGGGGAAUAAGAGUAAAUGAUUCGACAUCGUUGAAAGAGUGUAAACUGAUUGUGAAUUUAAAAUCCUUAUGUAAACUGAGCUGGAAAAGAGGCAAUAUUGGUACACAAUGAGGUUUGUACCCAGUUUGCUGCCAGAUGUUGAUACAUGAUGCUGUGUACAUCUAGUAUGCUGCCAGAUGUUGGUACAUGAUGCUGUGUACAUCUAGUAUGCUGCCAGAUGAACUGUCCUGUGUUGUACUACAUUAAGAGGUGCUUGUUUGGACCUGCCUCCAAUAUCUGCCACCCUUGUCCACGCCACCCCCAAUUAAAACCUAACCGUGGAAACGGUAACUCCCUUCUCCCCUGCCCUUGGCUACCCACUCCCCCCUCAUACUGCCAAGGAGACCCAUUCUGUCAUGGUUAUUAUUAUCCUCCUUCCCUGUAGGGGAGCAGCAUAGAGGAAUGACAGCAGCGUCCUGCCACAUCCCUGAGAGUGGGAUCUCUACCUUCUUCAUAAAGAGGUUUGAGAAGCAAAAUAAAAUGUAAGAGGAAACAAUCCUCCAGUUUAAUUUUUAAUGUUUUGCUUGCAGAAGUUUGCAGUCUACUCUGCAACAAUGAAAUAUGCUGCCCCUGCUCCAGUUUUGGUUUGAAGAUUUACUGAUCAACAUUUCUCUCAGCUGCAACUACUCCAACCUUAACCUUCUGGUUCUUGGGUCAGGUAGUGCAGUUGGCUGGCCAGCUGGUUUGUGAAGCCAACAGGAUGGGUUCAAUUCCCACACCCACUGAGGUUACCACGAAGGACUCUCCUUCUCAACUUCUUCCCUCCCCGAGGCGUGGUGACCCUAAGGGGAAAGCCACCACCAGCCGUUCCUCUCUAAUGAGAAUGUAGCCCAAUGUUCCUCUGACUUUACCACCCAAAUUAAACUCACAUUCAUUUGAGGCAGUGUUUCAGCCAAUAAGACUAGAUGGCGAUGUCUAAACAGAUGCUCCAGGAAAACCAGACAGGUUUUACUUUUUCGCAAAUUGUCCUGCGCAACAGACAAAACUGGCAGCUGCUAAAGAAACUUUAUUGUUCUCUUAAAUUUGUGCUGCCCUUCAUCUUAUAGACGGAGGGAUCACUAUGGUUGUACAACACCUGAAUGUAAAUUUGAUUUAUAAAUUCUAUUGGUUGUAAAUAACUGGAAAAAAAGAAUGUACGCUGUCUAGAAUCGGCAAUCGAUUCUACGAACUGUCUGUGUUUUAUUUUGUAAAGUGUUGCCAUAGAUAUAUUAUGUAUAUUUUCAAAACACAUCCCCAGGUCUCGCUUUUGUUUUAAAUGCUGUGUUUUGUUCCUGUAAUGUUUCUACAGCGAACCCAGGUUACUUGCGUAUGUUUCUGUGUUUUUAAAAGCUCCUAAAUUGUACAAUAAUCUCUUCUAUGAGUAUUUAAUGUGACAUUGUUAUUUAGUUAACUAUUGUUUCUCAUCAUUGAGCACAUUUCUGAAGUGCCUUAGUCACAUGGCUUAGCUGACUCAUUCUGUAACCUGUCAAAAUUUCUUUAAUAAAAGACCAUACGUGUU